UGCCCCAGGACUUUGGGUCCUGUGCAUCACUGAUUCUGCUUUUUAUUUAGGACUAAACCUGCUUAAAGUAAUUGUUUUUAAUUGUUAUAAAAUGAGUUCUGAGGUUUUAGUGUCAAGGCCACACUAUGACAGCAGGGCUGUGGCUCAGGGGGUCCCGGAGAGAGAGUCCCCUCUGGAGCCGGAUGUCCCGCAGCUGUCCUCGGGCUCAGCCACAGCCGGGUACCGCUCAGCUAAAUACUCCCCGGCUGAGUGGUUCAACAACUACCACAGCAUCCUUCAACAGGCCGGUGCCGACCAGCACGAAGCCCGGAGCAUCCAAAGAGAGUCCAAAACUCUAUACCAGAACACCGAGGCCGCCACUUUGAAGACCCAGGCCCAGGGAACGCGUCUGCUGGGGGAGAGACUGCAAGAGGUCCACUACUGGAAGUCUGAGCUGCAGCGGCACAUCGACCAGCUGCAGGCCGACACGGAGGCACUGCUGGCGCUGAAGACGAGGCUGGAGAAGGCGCUGGACGCCACCGAGACUCCGUACGCCAUCGCCACCGAUAAUCUCAACUGCAGGACCAGAAGACUUGGACCAGAUCUGGUCCGAGACACCGUGGAGGAGGAGCUGUUAAAGGAGGUGGACUUGAUCAGGAGCAUCCAGGCUCUUCUUAAGAGAACUACAGCUCAGGUUGUCAGCCAGAUCAAGAUGAACAGAGAUGCCAAGCAGACGUUAGAGUUGGACUGGUCUGAUAAAUACCAGGCCUACAACCUUGAUGACCAGUGUGGAAGAUACACUAACAUGAGCCCAGAUACACGGCACCACCCCAGCUCAGCCACCAUGCAGGACCAGGUGAGUAACUGCACAUCAUGGACAAAGUUCACACAGGACAACCUGUCCAAGGCCAUGCAGGAGGAGCAGGCCACCAACAGUCUUAGACUGCUGGUGGAGCGAGUGCUGCAGGACACCACUGAAGACCUGAGAGUCCAGUGCUCCACUGUGGACCAAGCCUUUAGCCAGCGCUGCACGGAGCUGAUAGAGGCCAAGACCCAGCUGGAGAUAAGGCUCGCAGAGACCUUGGAGCAGAUUGGGGCCCAGGAGAGGAACAUUGUGGCCCUGCAGCAGGCCAUCCACAACAAAGAGGCUCCACUGAGAGUCGCUCAGUCCAGACUUUACACCCGCUCCCUCAGACCCAACAUGGAUCUCUGCAGAGAUGAGCCCCAGCUCAGUUUGGAGGCAGAGGUGAGGCAGAUUGAUGCCACUCUGGCGUCUCUGCACCAGCAGCUGAGUGAGGCCAGAGGCUCCCUGUCCCACCUGGAAGAAUCGCGCAUUACUCUGGAGAAGGACAUAAACUGUAAAACCCACUCACUGUUCAUUGACAGAGACAAGUGCAUGACUCACCGUAAACGAUACCCAGCUGUCUCCACACUGUCAGGAUACUGAGGCCGACGACUCUGAGUGUUUGAGUGGAAUUUCCUUUUUUUCAUUUCUUUGUUUAGUCUCUUUGUCGUGCUGUGUUGUAAGAAGCAGUGACGUAUCAUGUCAUCAAGAAAGCCUGAAAACUCAGCAGUUAAAAACAAAAUUAAUAGUAUUUCAAUUCACCAAAUAAUUAAGGUCCAGUGUGUAGGAUAUAGGGGCAUCUAUUGGCAGUAAUGCUAUAUAAUAUUCAUAACUAUGUUUUCAUUUGUUUAGAAUCACCUGAAAAUAAGGAUCAUUGUGUUUUUGUUACCUCAGGAUGAGCUGUUUAUAUCUACAUAUGGAGCGGGUCCUUUUCCACAGAGUCCGCAGUGUUGUUCUACAGUAAUCCAGAAUGGACAAACCAAACACUGGCUCUAGAGGCAGAGGUUGAAGGCAUACUUAGAUCCCAGAUUCAUAUUUUAUAUCAUUCUUCUCUUAUAAAUUUAUUGAACAUGACAUCUCAACAACACCUUAACAAAAUUUCUUCAAAUUUUCACUUGGACUCAACAAUGAACUGAUAGGACUUAAGUGGUCAAAAGUCAGGGUCAGUGUGACCUUGCAUCUGUGUCAUUCUCGUAAAUGUGGUAUCUCAAGAACACCUUAAAGCAGUUUCUUUAAAUUUGACACAAACGUCCACUUGGUCUAAGGAAUAAACUGCUUGGAAUUUUGUGGUCAAAGGUCAAGGUCACUGUUACCUUACAAAAUAUGUUUUUGGCUAUAACAUAAAAUUCAUAUGCUAAUUAAGACAAAACUUGGCACACAUGUCUGAUAGGAUAAAAAUAAUGAAGUGAUGACAUUUUACAUCCAAAGGGUAAAAUAUCAGCUUCACUGUGACGUCAUAUUGUUCUGCAUAAAACACGGUUCUGGCCAUUAUUCAGCAUCAUAUCUUGAUGACACUAAUCUUGGGUGUCCACCUUGAAACUGUGCUGAUCUUCUGUGCUGUUUUGUGUGAAGCAUCCAUGUUUUCACAGACAUGGAUGUAACCUGUAGAGAAAAUUGACUGGUGCACAGAGGCACACAGCCGCAUGGCGGUAAUUCUAGUUUAUGAGAUGAAACAUAACUGUUGUACCUUACAGUUUGCUAACUGAGU